AUGGCUCCUUGCAUGCGGGAGGGCUGCACGCGUCUGGCUUUUGGAGGCCAUCGCUUCUGCUGUCGCGAGUGCCGCUAUGGCAUGGGUCAUGGCGGUCGUUGUGCCCACAGACAGGCCCAGGCCCAGGCAGCAGGCGUCCCGAGAGGCCCUCCUCGGGCCAUGCUCGUGGAACUGAACCUCACAGUCCUGCCCGGGUUCGUGCGUGAUGCCGUCACGGACGAUGGGGAAGAUCUGCUGCCCCGGCUUCUGCUAUAUGUGCUCUACCAGCUGAGUACACUACUGCCGCCACAGGCCCGGAGGCGCUACUUUCAGGGGCUGCUCCUCGUGUUUCACCCCGACCGCUUGUCGGGCGUGCGCAUAGCGCACGUGCUGGCGCGCGUGCUUACACAGCUUCUGGCAGAAAGCUUGAAUCAGGACGAUUGA